CCGAUGUCCGAGAUACCGUAUUUACGUUUACGACUGAAAGUGAAAAUUCCACGGUAUCGAACUCCUUAAGAGUUAUCCUGAUAAAACCCUUGACUGCAAUGAACGAAUCGGGUCUGGCGGUGCAAAAGGUAAUGCGACAUUACGCAGUAACAGAACUUAAAAAACUGAUCGUGGUCGCUGAUGAUCUGAACACGCUGCCGGGAACAUUGAUGAUUCAAGGUGGUGGAGAUUUGGCGGCUAUGAAAGGUCAUAAGGGGUUAGAAAGCAUCGUGUCAAUAAUCGGUACCGAUUUUGUGAGAUUCCGAUUGGGCAUCGGACGGCCCCCUUCAAAUUCGAUGAAGAUUUCACAAUGGGUAUUGAGUCCAUUCGCCAAAGAAAAUCGCGAGAUGAACCUCUUUGGUUAUCUUCUCCAAUUAACCACGCAAGCAUUAAAAGACUAUAGUAUUAAUCGAGAUUUAAAGCGAACCAAGAAGAAAUUUGCGCAGCCUAAAAAGUUGCCGAAUAAUUUGACUGAAAUGAAUAGUUUGAUCUUUCCUAUCAAUAUUCACGGA